AUGCGCGUUUCGUGUUUCUCGUGCCUGUCGGCCUUGGCUAUGGUUUGUCUGUUUGCGCUCGGCGACGCCUUUGCAGUGGAGUCCGUGGAAGUGCUGAAAUCCAACCAGGCGCUAUCCGAUUCGCCCGACCACCAGAAUCUGCGUGGCUUCAGUUUCUACGAUAUCUUCGUCCGACGGGACCGUAGGAUGGACGGUCAAAACGGUGUCGCUUACAACACCGACGACAGCAGCAGUGACCAAAGCAGCAAGCGGAACAGGCACAACCUCAAUUAA